CGGCAUUCAAAGUGGUGCGGGAAUUGGCGAUGUCUUUAGAGGAGUUUGGCGUUUCUUUCUUCCACUCAUGAAACGUGUUGGCACCACUGUAUCACAAGAGGCGUUAAACACUGGUCAAAGAGUGUUAGACAGAGUUAAUCAAGGAGAGACCCUAAAGAGUGCUUUUACAAGCGAGGGAAAAAGAGGAAUUGAUGCAGUACUUGAUAAAGGCGGUCUACCAAAACAAUUUGGUACAGGACGUGGAAGAAAGAGUAUAAAAGGAGGAAGAAAAUCGUUAAUUAAUCAACAUAAAACAAUUAUUAGUAAAAUUAUUACAAAACCAAACGUUCCAAAGAAAAGAAUUAGAUCAGACGCAUUUGGUUUAUAUUAA